UCUUUUACAUGUACCUACUUAUUUCUGCUUCUCAGAUAUCUAUGAUGAGGAUCGGCUAACCUGCGGCGGGGCGGCAGGAUUGCAACACAAUGUAUGCCUCGCCGCCAUUACGUUCCUGGCCGUGCUUCUCACUAUACUAUACACAGUGCACUAUUGGCUCAAGCGAUGCGUGCCCAAAGUGUCUGACGCAUUCUUCAUAUACACUGAUGCUGCUGAGAAUGUUUUGUAUUUGGACCCCAUUAUGCGAUCGCCCAACGAUACCGGAUUCUCAAAAUUCUUUUACCAACCAAGGGGCAUGCAUGAUUAUAUGGAACACCCAGGAAUGCAAAGAAGACAUAAAACAGUUUGUAGUUAUUUAAUGGAUAGAUUUCAAAGAAUUUUCAGAUUAAAACGCACAAAAAGAUUUUCAGGAAGUUUACGAGGCAUUGCUGAAGCUGAUUACGAUGGAUUAGACGUAAUUGACUCUUUUGGCGAAAUAGAGUUAGGUAAACUAGAAUCUGCUUUGACGGCCGAUGUCGCUGUGCAAACAGGAUCAAGUUUAGAAAUUGAAGGAAUAGAAAGAGUCCUAGUAAGCGAAUCAUUAGAUAUAAUUAAUUCAGAUUAUGAUUUCGAAGCCUACCCCGAGCUAAAAAGUAUACCAUCGGAUAAUGGUAAAAUGUUUGAUGACAAUAUGCUAGCAAACCAACCUUCAGAGGAGUUAAACAUGUUAAAGUUCUUCAGAAAAUCACGAUCGAUUUCAAUGCAAAUGUCUUCUAGAGAUAUCAGUGACAUAGCAGCAAGACAGCAACCCGAUACAGAGGACAAGGAAACUCAAAGUGUUGAAUUUUAUGAGGAAUUUGUGACUGCCAGUCUCCUGUCAGUAAUUGACGAAGUGCCUGAAAAGAAACCAGGACAAGGAAUUGUUCGAAAAAAAUUAAGAUUUGAAGGAGAAACGAAGGCUGCAGAUCCUGAUGAAGAUAAUGCCCAAGAAGAGGAGGUCAUUCCUGAAAAACGUCGGCGAAGUGUCAUGUUCGGCGGUAAACAUUUAGCUGACAGUGAUAGUGACAGCAAUGAGCCAACUACUAGUAAUGCUAACAAGGAAUUUAAAUCUUAUUUUUGGAGUAAAAACAAAAAUAAGAAACCCACUAAAAAGAAGUCGCAACAGCUUCCUCUACGUUAAAACUCAGAUAACAUGUUUUAUCUCUACAAUUAUGUAUUUUUAUAAUUUUAUACGUAUAGUUGAAUGUUCAGGUGGCUUUAUGAAAUAAUUUCUUAGAUAAAUAUAUUUUUGAUAUAACAUAGUUUGUAUAAUUAUUUAUAUUGUCGCGCAUCGCUUGAAGAUGGUCGGCACAGCGGCGUCUGCGCCCGCGCCGCUAUUUCCUAAUUAAGACCAAUUGUGCACCGGAUAGAACACGUGCCAAAAUGUGUGAUGUCUUUUUAAUGUCAUUCCGUCAUCGUUUAUACCUACCGGUAUUAUUUUUGAAUGUUUUUUUUUUGGUGUAGGUAAUAUUUGGACAUUACUUGUAUGGUCUAGAUUGUUAAUCCGUUUCAAAUUUAUUUAAUUUUCGUAAAACAUACUAUAGUUUUUAUUUCGUUUUUUUUUGUUACUGAAUUUCAAUUUAGAGGCUCAAAAUAAAAUGUGAGUAGCCAUAUAUAUCUUAAUGUUAUUGCAUGGAAACUUGAGCUUAAAUCAACCUUUAUAAGCAUAGAAGCAAAAGGCAGAGUACAAGUUGUGAUCUCCGUAUCGUAUGAAUCACAACGUCAUAAGUUACAUCCUUAAAUUAUGAGAAGGUGCCUGCAGUCCCGGAAAGCAUCCAAUGAUAUCGUGGAAACCAGAAUUUGUAAUACUUAGCCCGGAAUGUUAAGUUAAUUUUUCAGAGGAAUGUUUCUCCAAACUCUGUAGUAAAUACCUAUGAGUUGCCGGGGAAAUAAAAUGUAGACAUGUUGAAUGAUACAAAAAAAGAUUUAUUUUGGAGACGUUUUCUAAUGUUUCUCUUGUAUUCCUUGCAAUGUAAAUAAUUACAUUCAGAUUCUAAAAACUUCAACAACAAGUGAAUUAUGAAUACCGGCAAUCUACGAAAUGGUACGUCUUUUAUAGCCACACAAUAGUCUAUUAUAACUGCAAUACAUAGACAGCAAACAUUAAACUUCAGAGGAUAUUAGUGACAAACAAACGGCUCGUUUUAUUGGGGGCAAUGAAAUUUAUCUUAGAGCUUUUAUGUCAGUUCCAAAAAAGAUAGAUGUAAAAGUGUCAGACUAGGAGCGGGAGCCGAGAGCCGGUGCGCGAGGUCAUUUCAAUUGAGCCAAUUAAAGCAAUUGAGUCCAAUUGAGCCAGCAGCGGCAGAUUCUGCGUCGCGCUCCGUCGCCAGAGAGAUUUUAUGUGAAGCGCCUACGCGCCGUCACAUGACUCACUGAACAUCAUCCUGACCUUUUGUUGUUAUGAUCCUAUUUAACAGGAAUAUUUACAUAGUGAUUGAA